CUGACUUUAACAUUGCUUGUUGCCUUUCAACUUCAACUCACAACUCACCACACACGCUCGUCAUCGCGAACCGAUUUCUGACCGUUGCCUCACACCUCAGAGGCCUGCGCCCCGCGUCUCGUACAAUUAUCGCGGAUGACCCUUCGUCGGAUUGAUACAGGGCGCUCGAACUUGCACCAGGCUCCUCUGCGUCAAGCAGAGAGCAUCGCCCACUGCUGAGCUACGCCAACUUCUCGAGGAGCGUUCCCAGUCGCCAGCAUGUCUGCACCCGCGCCUGGCGCUGGCUCCGCGCCGCCGCCGAAGCCGCGACUCAAGAUCAAUGUCAGCAGGUCUUCGUCCUUUGUCGCUGACGCCAACGCGACACCCUCCGCAACCGCCGCCGCCGCGCCCACACCCACUGAGAACGGCUCUCGAAAGGUCAAGCUCAAGAUCAGCCACUCCACCCCGACGACUCCCGCCGAGAAGCCCCCCGCAAAGACCAAGGCCGGAAGGCAGACGAAACCGACGCAGAAGCUGGUCGAGAGUAAGAAGCGGCCACACGAUGACGACGACGACGAACCGCUCUCCGCGUCGCACCCGACGACCAAGAUCAAGCUCAAGGCGACCAAGUCCAACAUGUCCAAAUCCGCAAUGACCAAAUCUGCCAUGUCUAAGUCCGCGAUGACCCCGACGCUGGUAGUGAAGCCCAAGGGUCGGGCGCCUAUGCAUCCGCCUGGCGAUGGGUACGACUCCGAAGCGAGCGACCGGGAGAAGGACCCCUCGAUCGAGGAGCAGUUUGUUCUACGGAUGAUGCCAGGGGAGCAUUGCGACUACGUGCGUUGGUGUAUGGAGAAUAGCAAGAUGGGUGUUGCGCGAAGCAUGGGCGGAGCCGAUAUCCAACUCAAGUUCUUCGAGGAGGACACGCGCCGAGCAGUCUUGACGGUCAAGGGCCAACGAUAUGCUGCCGUCAUGGUCGAUUUGCCCACCAUCACCGAGGCGAUGAAGACGUGGGAUCGCAAAUCCUUCCUCAAGUCGGCCGAUAUCUGUCAAAUGCUACUGGUAUUCCAAAGGGUAGUCUCCGAUGCCGAAGCCAAACAGGCCCCCCUUCCAAGCAUGAUCGACACGCAUUUCAAGUGGCCGCACGGAUUGACGCCGCCCAUGCAUGACUGUCUGAACCGCCGCUUCGCCAAGACCAUCAGCCGGAAAGAGAUUGAAGACAAAGAAGCCGAGGUCGAACGCCUGCUCGCAGAGGACUCUAAGGCCGGUUCUACCAAAUGGGAAUGGGUCGACGAACGAAACCAGGAUGGCGACGACGAGGAUGGUGAUGAGGACGCCGAGGGCGAGGUGGACGACAGCAUGGACUACUUCCAGAGCCAGGACAUGUUCGGUGAAGAUGGUGAUGACGAUCUCGAGGCCGAUCUAGAGGCUGCCUUCGCGGACGACAUCAUGGCCGAGACGCCCGCCACCGGCCUGGACAUGGGAACGCCCAUGACGGGUACUCAGGUCAACACCCCCGCGGUGCACGAUAGCAUCGAAGCCGACGAGUCUGAGGAGAUUUCAGACGAUGACGAUGAUGAUGACGACGAUGAUGACCUAGACGACGACGCCCGUGCCCAGCGUGACGAGGAGCAGGGCGUCAAGGACAUCAUUGCCGACCUGCAGAAGCAGCUAGGCAACAAGCAAGUCGAGUUGGGUCGCACCGCCAACAAGAUCCUGCGUACUCGUCUUGAGGCCCAGAUCAAGCAGCUCAAGUCGGAGAUUGAACUCAAGAAAUCGUCGAUUGGCAUUGAGAUCGAUGACUAGGAUGGAUGAUGGGGUGAUGGUGCGGAGGAUAAGAGCAGGUUUUUCAUGGAUACUAUCAGGAGGCAAAAUGGCGUUUGAGGUGUUUACCAGGACGGGGAAUGGGAGGCUGGUUUGCGGGUUCAGAGUUAAAAUACCACGUCCGUAUAUGUUAAUGCCCAUAAGGACUUUUGUUACAAUAUAUUGCUCCUUUUGAACGAUUA